GUUGAUUCCAUUCAAGUGAGGAUUGAUCUACACUGGAAUCCCGUUAUACAAAUCAUCAUGCCUAGCUCUCCAGCUUCCGGCUCAAAGCCUGAAAAAACCAUGUCCUCACGUCUCCUGACUAUGAAGUUUAUGCAACGUGCUGCUGCCUCCAAAGAAGCAUCACAGCCAGCUUCUGCUAAAGGUUCCAAUGCUCCGACACCCAAAAAAGUCAGACUAUCAACAGGCCCUCCCGAAAGCCCAGUUACACCAUCAUCCGACCUGGAGGCGAUCUCGGCCGCCCUUGCUGUAGAGGAAAAUAAGCGCAGGGAAGCAAUUUCUCGACAAGCCGCAGAGGCAGGCGAAACGGAAUGGGUCAUCGACUUUGGAGCAGCAGAUGCAGUCAAUCAAUAUGCGCAGCAACCUCUUGUUCUCACAGACUAUUCACUUGACGCUGAUGAUGACGAUAUGAAUUAUGGAGGACGACAAGCGUACGGCAAUUUCAAACGAAAGAAUAAAGCUAAGGUACAUACCGCAGAAGAAUCCGAAUCCGAAGAGGAUGAGGACGGUGAUCUAGCAGAUCCGGAAAAUAUCGACGCAAUGAUCAACAAAGCCAAGAACAAAGCUUCAAAGAAGGAGAAGAACAAGCAUCAGACUGGACAUGUCAGGCUGUCUCAGUUGACAAGCAUCUCUGGCGGACGCCAUGGGACAGUUGGAGGCAGUAAGCCACAGAAGAAACGCAAGCAUAAAUAAAACGCCACUCGAAAAAAGAAUGGAUCGUGCGUUGCCCAUAAGAAACAAGUAUAGCAGCCCAUUGCCAACCUUAAUACACCCACAAAUUCCGACCACUCUUCGAAUACAGGGCGAAUCACCACUGCCGCCGCUCUUGGGGGUUACCAAUACGGAGCAUCCUUAGUUCUUCCGACCCGGGCUUGCAAAUCACCACGUCCCCCGGCCUGAUUUUCACUUUCUCAGUCACAACGCCUGCGCUGUGAUCCGAAGUCACCGUGUUGCCAUUUCGCCUAUAGACGCGGAUUUUCACAAUGUCAGAUACUGGUUCGGAGUUGGAUUGUCCUCCAAUAUCGAUACGGACGUGCCCUGACUGUCUCUGGAUUGGCUGUGACUGGCGAGUACCAUCGUAGGGAAACCUAUCUGUGCGAGGCUUCAGAAUCCCUCGCGGGUGGACCGGGGUGGAGUUCAAUUGGGGUCUUUGGCCCCUGUAUGAGCUAGCUG